AUGAAAAAACCUGCUGCUGCUGCUGUGUCGUGUGUUCAGAUGAGCAAAGAUAAGCCAGGGUCACAAGACACGUACUACGAGGUCAAGGGUUUCUUGCAUUUGGGUUUGAGCCUCCGACUUGGAGCAAAGUACACGGAGAAGGACCUUCUUGGCAAAUGCAAGGGUGACAAGGCCAAAGAGAAAUCGCUGAAGGCGUACUUGAGUGAUCCGAGCAAGUUACGGAAGAUUCCCGGUGCAGCCACAAAGGCAAAGGCAGCGAUUGGAAAGGCAAAGGCAAGAAAGAACAAGGUAAAGAAGGUUGCCCAGAAGACGAGGGCAACAAGCGAAGGACCUGUGAUCGUGAGGCGCUAUCUUGUCACAGGAGCGCUCGGCUACCGGGCCAUGCCCAUCGGGAUGACUACAACCGAAAAGGAUCUGCGAGCCCUGUGCAAGACACAGGCAGAACAAAUGAAGAUGGAGGAAUACCUCAAGGAUCCGUUGAAGCUCCUUCGAGUACAGAUUCUCCCUAUGCCAAUGACAGAGUCCAUGUGA